AUGUCCCUGGACGCCCUUCUUGUUGCCCGCGAAGAUGCUCUCUUGAACGACAUUCUCAGCAUCCAAGGCCGGAUUUCCUCUCUUGAUCGCCUUCCACCUUCUGCAUCUCUUGCUGUUCGCCUCGCUCGUAACCGAACUUGCACAGCUCUCACUCGCCUUGCCCCUGACAUCCAUGCUGUUCUCAGUCGCCAACGGUCUGUCUCUCCGCCUCAUUCUCCUACUCCUGGGGGCUUCCAGAGCCGUUUUAGCUCACCUGCCAUGCCAAGUCCUGCUCGCUCGCUCUCUCUUUCACCACCUCGCCCUAAUCAAAUGGAUGAGAUUCUCUCUCGGCAGCAACACCCUCAACCCCAGCAGCCGGCGGCAUCUGACAUCCCAGAUCCCAGACUAGAGCAUAUCCUAUAUGCUCUAGAAUGCGAGCCCAGAGGCCCAGAUGAAUUCGUUGACCUGCUCUUCAAUCCCGGCGCAGGUAGCCGCCGCACUGUGGAAGACGAGGCACUCAAACGCCUAUGUCGAGAAUGGUCUGGCGUCCCUGAGCGCGAAUGGCGCGAUGCGUUCCGCCCGUUUGUCCAUGCUGUUCCAGCACCAUACCGCAUUCGUGCGAGUGCUGAUCGAGCCAACAACAUCGACCACAUUGAAGAGCGCAUUGCAGAGAGAAGCAAGCUCUUAUUCUCUCUAUCUGAAGUGGACAUCGGCUGCUCUCUACUGGAAUGA